UUGGUGAUGUGCAAAUGAGAAAGUGGGAGGCGGAAUAUAUAUAUAUAUAUAUAUAUAUAUAUAUAUAGACCCCAGAGAAGAGACGUGGGUGAAAGUGAAGACUUGAGAUUGUGAGAUAUAUACUCGACAAUGGCUACUAGUAGUGAGAUAGUAGUAGAAAAGUCUCCAAAUGAUAAGCGUUUGUACAGAUACAUACAACUCCCUAAUGGCCUUUCUGCUCUUGUUGUUCACGAUCCUGAUAUCGGACUUCCACAACAUGAACAUGAUGAAGGAAGUGAAGACGACGAACAUGAUGAUGAUGAGGAAACUGAAGAUAGCGAUUUUGACGAUGAAGAAGAAAGUGAUGCCGCUGAUGAUGAAGAAGAAGAAACUCAAGGGAGUACUAAAGCUGCUUCACAGAAAAAGGCAGCAGCUGCAAUGUGUGUAAGAAUGGGCAGCUUUUCUGAUCCUAAUGAGGCUCAGGGUGUUGCACAUUUUCUUGAACACAUGCUAUUCAUGGGAAGCACUGAUUUUCCUGAUGAAAAUGAGUAUGAUAGUUACUUGUCCAAGCGUGGAGGGUGUUCAAAUGCAUACACAGAAACAGAACAUACCUGCUACCAUUUUGAAGUUAAGAGGGAUUGCUUUAAGGGCGCACUGAGAAGGUUUUCUCAGUUUUUUGUUUCACCUUUGGUUAAAGCUGAAGCCAUGGAGCGAGAGGUACUAGCUGUGGACUCAGAAUUUAAUCAGGUCUUACAAAAUGAUUCCUGCCGCCUGCAACAACUACAGUGCCAUACAUCUAAUCCUGGCCAUCCCUUUAACCGGUUCUUUUGGGGGAAUAAGAAGAGCCUUGCUGAUGCGGUGGAGAAAGGAGUCAAUUUGAGGGAACAAAUUCUAAAACUAUACCAUGAUAAUUAUCGUGGUGGAUCCAUGAAACUGGUUAUUAUAGGGGGAGAGUCCCUAGAUAUCCUUGAAAGUUGGGUUCUUGAAUUAUUUAGCAGUGUCAAAAAAGGCCCUCUGGUAAAUCCAGACAGAGGAAGUGAACUUCCAAUUUGGAAGGUUGGUAAACUUUAUUGGUUAGAGGCAGUUAAAGAUGUUCAUAUCCUUGAUUUAUCAUGGACGCUGCCUUCUCUUCGAAAAGGGUACUUGAAGAAAGCUGAAGAUUACCUGGCUCAUCUACUGGGGCAUGAAGGAAAAGGUUCUUUGCUUUUCUUCCUAAAGGCUAGAGGCUGGGUAACAUCAAUAUCUGCUGGCGUUGGUGAUGAAGGAAUGCAUCGCUCCUCAUUCGCGUACAUAUUUGGCAUGUCAAUACAUCUAACUGAUUUUGGCUUGGAAAAGAUCCAUGAGAUUAUUGGCUUUGUCUAUCAAUACCUCAAGCUCCUGCGUCAAAAUUCUCCUCAAGAGUGGAUAUUCAAGGAACUCCAAAGUAUUGCAAAUAUGGAAUUUAGAUAUGCAGAGGAGCAACCUCAAGAUGAUUAUGCUGCAGAACUUGCUGAGGGUUUACUUGUUUAUCCUCCCAAGCAUGUCAUUUAUGGUGACUACGCAUAUGAUGUUUGGGAUGCAGAGUUCAUAAAGUAUGUUUUGGAUUUCUUCAGGCCCGAGAACAUGAGAGUUGAUGUUGUGACGAAGUCUUUUCAGAAGUCAGAUGAUGUUCAGCAGGAACCAUGGUUUGGGUCACGAUAUGUGGAAAAAGAUAUUCCAUCUUCUCUAUUUGAGUUAUGGAAGGACCCUACAGAAAUUAAUGUUUGCUUACAUUUGCCUGCGAAGAAUGAGUUUGUUCCAUCUGAUUUUUCAAUACGUGCUGAGAAGGCUAAGUGUGACUUAGAAAAUGCGAGACCAAGAUGCAUACUUGAUGAACCACUGAUGAAGAUCUGGUACAAGCUGGAUAACACAUUUAAGCUUCCUCGUGCCAAUACAUAUUUCCGUAUUACACUAAGAGGGGGAUACAGUAAUUUGAAGAAAGCUUUGCUGACUGAAUUAUUUAUUCACCUUCUAAAAGAUGAGCUGAAUGAGAUUACAUAUCAGGCUAGUGUGGCCAAAUUGGAAACUUCUGUUUCUCUAUAUGGUGACAAGUUGGAACUUAAGGUCUAUGGUUUCAAUGAUAAGCUUCCAGUCCUUUUAUCAAAGGUUUUGGCAAUGACAAAAACAUUUUUGCCAAGGGAUGAUCGCUUCAUGGUUAUCAAGGAAGAUAUGGUAAGAACUUUGAAAAACACCAACAUGAAGCCCUUGAAUCAUUCGUCAUACCUGCGUCUGCAAGUCUUGUGUCAGAGCUUCUGGGACGUGGAAGAGAAGUUGUUCUUGUUGAAUGACUUGACUCUCGCUGAUCUGAAAGCCUUCAUUCCAGAGCUUCUUUGCCAGCUGUAUAUUGAGGGCCUUUGCCAUGGCAAUUUGCUGGAGGAAGAAGCACUCAACAUAUCAAACAUAUUUAGAAGUAAUUUCUUUGUGAACCCGCUACCAUUUGAGAUGAGGCAUAAAGAGUAUGUCAUGUGUCUUCCAACCGCCGCUGAUCUAGUCAGAGAUGUCAGAGUAAAAAAUAAACUGGAAACAAACUCUGUGGUUGAGCUGUAUUUUCAGAUUGAACCUGAAGAAGGCACUUCAUUGAUAAAAUUGAAAGCUGUAAUAGAUCUCUUUGAUGAACUUGUGGAGGAGCCACUUUUUAAUCAGCUAAGGACAAAGGAGCAGCUUGGUUAUGUUGUUGACUGUAGCGCACGUGUAACAUAUCGCAUAAUGGGUUUCUGUUUCCGUGUUCAGUCAUCUGACUAUGAUCCUGUCUACUUACAAGGGAGGAUUGACAACUUCAUAAAUGGUGUGGAAGAAUUACUGGACGGUCUCGAUGAUAAAUCUUUUGAGAGCUACAGGAGUGGGUUGAUAGCGAAACUUUUGGAGAAAGAUCCAUCGCUCGCAUAUGAAACAAAUCGCUUUUGGGGUCAGAUCACUGAUAAAAGGAUGGAGACUUUGCCAACAGUCUAUCUUGGAAUGCCUAUGGGACAUAGACACAAGGCAGUGGAAGUUUGGAAUGGAAUCAUGGAUAAUAUAGAGAACAAGUCGGCAAGAUGGAAGGCCUAAUAUCUCUCUUUAUGGAGUAGGCUCACACUGAUUAACUCUUGUUUAGACUCUUUGCCUACUUAUGUGAUGUCAUUGUUCCCAAUCCCUAUGAAAGUGGUGAAGAAAUUAGGCAAGUUAAGAAGAAAAUUUAUGUGGCAAGGCAACAAGGAUGGCAAAGGGUAUAAUUUGGUAAAAUGGAAAACAAUUCA